CGUCCAUUCAUCAUUUUGGCCGGUAAACAAAAACAAUAAGAGAAGAAUUAUCUUAUCUUUACACACCUCUUUUAUGAUUCGAAAACUCAUUAUGUAAAGGUAAAUUAUAUUCGAACUGUUGACAAAAAAAAAAAUUUCGAAUUUUCAUUUUCCUUGCGUGAAAGUCCGUGAGAACAUGAAACCUAUACAUGCACCCUUACAAUAUUGGGCCCUACUUCUCGGCAAUGUCCCUCAUUUUCAACUAUUCGGCUAAGAUUUGAUGACAUGUCACCCCACUAUUAGCUAGCCUCAGAUCUUCUAGGUCCCACUUAACACCCGGCGCGUCCACCACAAUCGCCACUUCCAGACCAUGAAUAGUCAAGCAAAGCAAGAGAGAAGAAGCUGACUCUCUCAUAAAUAAAUUAAACAGAAAAAAAAAAAGCAAACACUAGAGAGAGAAAAGAAAAACAUCAAUCAAAUGGCGUCGAGACUGUGCGACUCGUGCAAAUAUGCGGCCGCGACUCUGUUCUGCCGCGCUGACGCGGCGUUCCUAUGCGUCCAAUGCGACGGAAAAAUCCACACGGCUAACAAACUCGCUUUGCGUCACGAGCGAGUCUUGCUAUGCCAAGUCUGCGAACAAUCUCCCGCGCACGUCACGUGCAAAGCCGACGCAGCCGCGCUCUGCGUCACGUGCGACAGAGACAUCCACUCCGCUAAUCCACUCUCCCGCCGCCACGAGCGCGUCCCCGUCACGCCUUUCUACGACCCCGCUCCUGCUCAGGGAGUAGGAUCAUCAUCAGCCACCACCAAAUCCGCCUCCUCGGCUUGCAAUUUCUUUAACGACGAAGCUGACGUGAGCAUGGAGGCUGUUUCUUGGCUCUUGCCAAACCCGAGUGUCAAGGGAGGAGGAGGAGUAGAGAUACCUAACUUGUUUGCGGAUCUUGAUUACUCGGCGGCUGAUCCGAAGAUGGAGGUGUCUGAGAAUAGCUCCGGCAACGAUGGAGUCGUUCCUGUUCAGACCAAAGCUUUGUUUCUCAACGAAGAUUACUUCAGUUUCGACAUCUCAGCUUCCAAAACAACCUUUCCACAUGCAUUUAGCUGCACUAAUCAAACUGUUACGUCAACGUCUUUUGAUGUACCGUUGGUGCCUGAAGGUGGAGCUGUGACGACGACUACGACCACGGCAACACUAGCAGUGCAGCUAUCACCAGCGGAGAGGGAGGCUAGGGUUUUGAGGUAUAGAGAGAAGAGGAAGAAUCGGAAGUUUGAGAAGACGAUUAGGUACGCAUCACGUAAAGCAUACGCCGAGGUGAGGCCGAGGAUCAAAGGACGUUUUGCUAAGCGAACUGAUUCAAGAGUUGAUGAUGGAAGAGACGUGGGAGUCUACGGCGGGUUUGGGGUCGUCCCCAGUUUCUGAGUCUUCUUUAAUAUGACGCUAAAAUGUUUAUUAGAAAAUAUUGGCCGGUAGCUAAAAUGUUUUUCUUAUCGUUUUUACUUUUUUAUAACUGAUAUAAUUGCAUGGUAGUAUAAGAGAUGUACAUCAAUGAAUCCCCUCUUGGAUUCAACUUUUUAUUUUUUUUAUUAUUAUUUUUUUUUCUUUUCUUUUUGAUUUUUUUUUAG